AUGAACAACCCUGGCCUGACGUUGGUGGUGGUGGCAAGUUGCUCGCUGUUGUUGACGAUGAUGCCGUUCAUCGGCGUUGUUGGAGGGGUGACGCUGAAGGAGGACGGUGCGGGCGCGUUUCACAUCAACACUAGCGAUCCAAUGAGCCAGCCCGUGUUCGUGAACGGGAUGCAAGUGGAUGGGCUGUUCGAGACAAUGGACACGCUGUUGCGGGCAUUCUCAACGCAGCAGAGUACCAUCGACGCGCAGCAGAGCACGAUCGAUGCGCUGCAGAGCACGGCCUUCGCGCAGCAAAGCGCAAUUGAUGGACUGUGUCGUCGGGUGGAGCCGAGUGCAAAGACCUUUGGGCAACUUGGCUCGCAGGCUUCAAAAUGGGCAGAUGGUGUGCUUGGGGGCAAUGGUCUGAUAUACGCCGCGCCGCACUUUGCAUCCUCCGUGCUUAUCAUUGAUCCCAGCACCAACACCGUCGACACAACCACAAUCUCCGGACUUGGGGCAGACGAUCGCAAGUGGGCUGGUGGGGUACUAGCUGACAACGGGCUCGUUUACAUGUUUGCUGCUUCCAGGCCAACAAUGCUCAUCAUCGACCCAGACACCAACACCAUUGACAUCACAAGCAUUCACUCGCUUGGUUCCGGGCAAAACAAGUGGUUUGGUGGCGUGGUCGCCAGCAACGGCGUCAUCUUUGGCAUCCCAUUGUCUGCGACCUCUGUUCUCAUCAUCGAUCCAGAGACCAACACAGCCGACAUCACCUCCAUGGCUGGUCUCGCUUCCGACUAUGACAAGUGGUUCGGCGGUGUGCUGGCAGACAACGGCCUUAUCUACUGCACACCAAUCCGUGCAGCCUCUGUCCUCAUCAUCAAUCCACAGUCCAUGACCAUGGACCUCACCACCAUCAGUGGCCUCGGCACGAGCGCCAAGUGGCUUGCCGGCGUGCUUGCAGGCAACGGACUCAUUUACACGAUCCCAUUUCUUUCGGCAUCGACGCUUGUUAUUGAUCCAGCCACCAACACGACCAGCCAGGUUCGUGCUGUUUCUCAGUCCUCCAUCAGGGACUGGGCGGACGGUGUGCUGGCACCCAACGGCAACGUCGUUGGCAUUCCUUUCGACUCCUCAUCCGUCUUCAUCAUUGAUCCAACGACCAACACGAUUGAUACAACGAGUAUCAACGACCUUGGCGGGACAGGCAAAUGGUAUGGCGCGGUUCUCGGUCCAAACGGCCUCAUCUACGGCAUUCCACACUAUGCGGAGUCCGUCCUCGUCAUCGAUCCGGGAUGCUGAUGUGUGUGUGUGUGCGUGUUUUUGCGUGUAUAGGUGUAUGGAUGUGUGUGUGUGUGUGUGUGUGUGUGUGUGUGUGUGUGUGUGUGUGUGUGAACUUCUUGGUUGUCCUUGCCCAAUCUGUCAUUCAUCUGAUUCCUUAACCCUCUCUUAGCGUCAACUUUCGUUCUUUCAACUCUGUGACUGCAUCCUGUACGCCUACCACUGUUCAUUGGUCCUUGACUUUCACCACCAACUGUCAUGUCACAACAACAACGACAAUAGAAGGCGGACACCACA